AUGUCGUUUUUCCGAGAUAAUAUUAACCUGCCAUUUAAGAACAGAUCGAAUAUAUUUCAAAAUAAGUUGAGGACGGUAUCUGAUGCGACAGAUUACAAUAAUGAAAAUUCUAAGCCAGAAGUGGCGGCCUCUGAGGACUCCUCAAUAGUCAUGGAUGAGUACAUAAACAAGAUUAUAGAAACAGAAUACAGUGAGAAUACAGUUGUAAACGACGACGUGGGAAAUAGUUUUCAGAAACCUAACGAUGAAUUGCAAAUAACAGAGAUUAGAAUAAUUGAUGAUAAAGAACAGUUGGCCCCUGUUCAAGAUCAAAGUCAUAAUCAAACUCAGCAAGAACUACGACCUAAUUUCACACAAGUAAAAGAAAGCAAAAACGAAAAUAUUAUGCAACCGCUAAUAACAGAAAACUCAAACGAUGUCUUGCUUGAAGCAUUCACAAACACACAAAAGAUAUGCUCCAAUCUUAAGUCACAGUUGCUCAAAGAGCAACGAGAAAAUGAAAGAUUGAAAAAAAUGUUGAACGAUUUUGAAGAAACUAAUCAGAAAACUGGCAAAAAAAUCAAUGAAUAUAAAUCUUUAUUUGAGUCUCUAAAUGAAAAAUUAUCUGUUCUUUCACAUCAGAAGAUCCAAAAUGAGAAAUCGUUGAAAGAGUUCGUUACAUUCCAAGAAGAACAGAAAUCAAAAUUAGAUAAAAGUCAAAUUGAAAUAGAGUCCCUAAAAUCAAAAUUGAAUGAAGGUAAAAAUAUUCUGGAUGUUAUGAAAAAUGAUUUGAUGCAAAAAUCUUCUGAAAUUGAUUUUCUAAAAAAAGAAUUAGAUGAAUGCUCUGGUUUACUGAGUGAGGAAAAAAUUAAAAGCAAUAAGAUAAAUCAGACAAUUGAGAAUAAAAAUAAUGAUUUGGUUCAUUACCUGGACAAAAACAUAACCAAUCAGCAGAAUUUGAUGGAUGAGUUGUUUAAGCAAGUAUCAACUAAUAACUUGAAGAAGUUACUUCAGCGUCUAGAUAUAGCAUUGACAAAAAUGCAGAGCUUCGUAGAAUCAAAGUCUUCAGAUAUUCUAGUUAAAAUCCAAGAAAGUUAUAGAAAUAAUAAUGCCCUUGAGCUUUCUCUUGAAAAUAACAUUACAAAUAUUUUUAAUUCUUUGAGCUCAUUUAUUGAAAACAAUGCGAAUCAAAUAAAUGAUAUUAUUAGUUCAAAUAGCAAGAAUGCAAUUGCAUCAAUAGAUAAUAUUGAUAAAAGAUUUAACAGUUUUGAAAAUUCAUUAAAAUCUGAAAAUUCUCAACUUUUAAAGUUGCUAGAAAAACAUGAACAAAACUUUAGCUCAAAGUUAGAAAGCAUUGAUUCAUCUCUGAAAGAAUACUGUUCCGAGGUCGAUGUGACUAAAAAACUAAAGGAUAAAAUUCUUGCUCUGGAAAAAUAUAACAUAAAACUAGAAAACGAUGUGGAGAACAAUCAACACUCUGAAAAAAGACUUGAGCAACUUUUAACCUCCCAAAGGAACGAAAUUGAGAGCCUUAAAGUUGAGUUAAAAAGUAAGAACGAGACGCUCAAGAACUCUACUGCAGAUGUUUUUAAAUUGAAAGAGGAGCUGAGUGUGAAAGUUGCAGAAAUUUCAAGACUAAACGAAAUUAACAAUCUACAAAAAGUAAACUACGAGAGUAAGCUAGGUUCUCAGAGUGAGAUCCUCAAGGUACUAAUAAAAGAAAAGGACGAACUAAAAACCAAAAUUGAUAGUAUUGACGAUGAUAGAAAACGAGUAGAAGAUGAGUUGUACAAAAAAGUUGCAAAUUUCGAUAAAAUAAAUAAGCAGUUGCAAAGUGUAAAUGUUGAGAUGGUGCAAUUGGCAGCGAAUAAGUUAGAAUUAGAAGAAGAGACUAGAAAUUUAAGAACUGUUUUAAAGGAAUCUGAAAAAUGUACAACUUCGAUUGAAAGAGAACUUAAAGUUCUAAAGCAAGAGCGGAUACAGUUGAAAGCAGAAAAUCAAGAUUUGGUCUCAGAAAAGCUUGAAAUCGAGGGUAAACUAAAAGAGAUGGCAUCGAAGUGCAUGGUCAAUAAUAAAGAAAAGAAAAAGGUGGCAUCGGCCGAUAAAAAUCCUAUAAAUGGAUAUCGAAAUGAUUCUAAUUCAAACGCUAGGAAUUUGGAAGAAGUCAAAAAAGAUGACUUACUUCAAAAGAAACACCAAAGGCCUUCCUCAAUUAUAAAAGAAAACACUCAUAAACAGGAUGAUGAAGAUAUAUUAGAUGAUGUGUUUGAUCUGUCUUAUUCAAAUUCGGCUAGUGAUUUUGAGAGUGUUUCAUCAAUAGCAUUUCCAAAAUUAGCUGCUAACUCAAAAGUAAAGGUAAAUUCUAAUUUGGAAAAGACAAUUGGAGAUAAACAGAAUGGUCGAAACACUUCAAAGAAGAAAUUCCUUAUUGAAGAUGUCAAUGGGGACAAAAAUACCAAUUUCAAGCGCAGAAAGAAAACAUGA